UGUGGGGCGGGGUGCGCCGAGCGGCUCCUCCCGCGGGCUCCGGGGCUGAAUUGCGGGGCGGGAAACAAGCUCGCUGUGUGGCGGGAGGAGCAGCUCCGCGGGCUGAUGGCGAGUGAAGGCGGAUGUGGACCCUGAAUUUCUUGUGUAGUUUUGUGCAGCCAUGCAAGAAAGCAUACGUUUUGCAUCAUCAGGAGAUGACAUUAAAAUAUGGGAUUCCUUAUCUUUCACUGUGGUGGAGCAGUUCAACCCACAUACUCCCUCACAUCCAGUCAGUUCACUGUGCUGGGCCAGCAAUAAUAGAUAUCUGGCCACUGCUUCUGCUGCUGGCGAUAAAAUAGUUCUUUCAAGUUGUAAAAGCAAACCUGUUCCAGUCUUUGAAAUAGCUGAAGGAGCAAAACAGACAUGUUUGAGUUUGAAUUCUAGUUCUUCGUAUCUCGUCAGUGGAGGCCUUGAUAGCACAGUUAAUAUCUGGGAUUUGAAGUCCAGAAAGAUUUACCGCAGCCUGAAGGAGCAUAAAGAUGAAGUGACAUGUGUUGCAUAUAAUUGGAAUGAUGGCUAUGUUGUUUCCGGAUCUUUGAGUGGUGAAAUCAUCCUACACAGUGUUACCACGAAUUUAUCAAGUAGUCCGUUUGGUUAUGGCAGCAGACAGCCUAUUCGACAUUUGAAAUAUUCAUCCUUUAAGAAAUCCUUGCUGGGCACUGUUUCUGACAGUGGAAAUGUAACUCUCUGGGAUGUAAAUAGCCAGAACCCAUAUCAUAAUUUUGAAAAUACUCAUAAAGCACCAGCCUCAGAAAUCUGCUUUUCUCCAGUCAAUAAACUAUUACUUGUAACUGUAGGUUUGGAUAAAAGAAUUAUUCUCUAUGACACUUUGAGUAAAAAGUUACUGACAACAAUUGUAGCUGAUUUUCCUCUGACCACAGUAGACUUCAUGCCUGAUGGUACUACUUUGGCAAUAGGAUGUUCCCGGGGAAAGAUCUGCCAGUAUGACUUAAGACAACUGACAUCACCAGUGAAAACAGUUACUGCUCACAAAGGCUGUGUGAAAUGCAUACGUCUUCAGUUCAGUAGCACUUCUUCCAAGUCUAACCUCACAGGUUCUUCAAAUAAAUCUGCAUCCAAAAGAGUAGAAGUUAAAGCUGGUAGUAAUCUUGGAGGAAUUCAAAAUUCUGGCAUCAAAAACAUUGCCUCUCAAGCAUCAGCAACAGUUUCCUCUCAUCUUACAUUGACAAAUGAGAAUAAGGGGGGAGAGAUUUUUCAGGAGAAAACAGGUUUCCCCCAUAGUUCCAGCUUGGAUGUCAUUCCGUCUAAAGAAACAGAUCAUGGGAAAAGUGCUGAAGUAAAAAAAAUUGAUGAUUUGGGUCGAAGUAGUUUAGGAGAUGUGUUUUCUCCAGUCAGAGAUGAUAUUAUUGUAAAUAAAGUGACUGAAGAUCCUCAAGGAAAUGGCCUGGGUGUGCAGUCCUGCCUGUUGGGUUUGGAUUUUCUCCCACAGCCCACCAUUGCGUUUCCAGUGAAAAGAAACCCAGUGGGCAGUAGUGCACAAGGGACACAGUCUAGCCCAUUACAUGCACUUUUGGGAUCACCAAUUAAAGAAGAGGAGGAACAUCCAGAGAUUGAUUCUAAGAAGACAAGUCUUGGAAAACAGGAAUCUAAAGCUGUCUUAAAGCAGGUUUCGAAAUCAAGCUUAUCAAGCAUAGAAUCUAUAAGUUCUCCACCAUCAUCUACUGAUGCAAAUGAGAAACUAAUGAAGAAUGUUCAGGCCCAUCCUGCAUAUGAUCUACCAGUAAAUGGUACUACCUCAACAAGUUCAAAGAUAACAUCAUCUGUCACUGCUGGAGUUGCAAGCUCAUUGUCAGAAAAAAUAGUAGAAACCAUUGGGAGUAGCAGACCAAACGCACCUCUGACAGCAAUUCAAAUAAACUUCAUUCAGAAUAUGAUACAAGAAACAAUGGAUGACUUCAGAGAAGCAUGCCAUCGAGAUAUUGUGAAUUUGCAAGUGGAGAUGAUCAAGCAAUUUCAUAUGCAGUUGAAUGAAAUGCACGCUUUACUUGAAAGAUACUCUGUAAAUGAAAGCUUAGUAGCUGAAAUUGAGAGACUACGAGAGGAAAACAAAAGACUGAGGACUCACUUCUGAAAGAUUUACAUUGCCAAUCCUACUAGUGUGAACUCACUACAGGUGGUGUAUUGUCUUUGACAGAUCAUCUGUCAUCACUGAAGUAUUUUCUGAGGACCUGUCAUUAUUUUGAACAUGAAUCUGUUCUUCUAAAUAGCUGGUGUAAGAUACUAUGUAUAAUUAUAAAAUUUGUGAGAAAUAGGCCUGUAUAAAGAACAUUUGCAUCCUCACACUGACCACCUUGCAGCGCAGCCUUCUAACAGAAAAACUCAAAGGACAAGUACGGUAUUGGAGUUUUAGCAAUACUUAAGUGCCUUUUCAUAAACAAAAUCGAACCAGGACAGAUGCUUUUACUGUAAGAAUUUUUUUAUAUAUACACCAACUUUUCUAUCUGCUUCUUUAUUCUUCUGCUGUCAGAAACAAUCACUACAGCUUGCCUUUCAGAUACUUUCCUUGAAGAAAAAGAGGAGCGAAUGCUCCUCUUUGGCACAACAUGGGGCCUUGUUUACAAAGAGCUGGAAAGUACAGUUGUCAGUUAGGUUUAUUCAGCUGGCAGCUCUUCUGUCCUGAGUAAAACUAGAGCUUGAAUAUAUUCCCAAAUUCGGUGCCACAAUCUUUAUUAUUGAAUUCGUAAAUUGUUCUUGCAAAUGCUACAUCAACUGCACAAUGAGAUUUUUUUUUUGUUACUACUUUGGCUAUGAAUCUAGAAUUCUUUUUAUUUACGUGUAUUUGAAUGUUGUCAUAGCUUGUCCAAUUUGAAUGCAACUUUAGUCCUCAAAAUGCAAAUAUAUUAAUAAUAUAGCCAUUAAUAAUAAUACAGCAAUGUGUAAUUGAAGGCUUUGUCUGACUCAAGCACCUUUUGUACCCAACAUCUCCUUCCAUUGGUAGUGAACAACACUAAAUAUUGAGCAGUUGUGUUGCAGUUUUGAGUCAUGUUGGUUUAGCAUUAUUGUGGCCUUUUUCAGAUAGCUGCAUACCAAAUCUAUUACCUUGUAUUAUUAACAACCAUUAAAGAGAGAUCAUUACUUCAGUAGCAUAAUAGUAUCAUACUGGUAUGUAAACAUUUCUGAAAUGAAGCUCAGUAGGAAGUCCUGACUAUUGAAAUGCAUGGGAUAUUUGGCUUGGCCUUUGCUUAGCCAAGAAAUUUAAACUUAAAUUUGAAAUUAUUUUAAAAAUCAAGUGAAAGUUAUAAAUAGAAUUUAAAAUUUCUCUGAAAACCUUUUUCUACAGGUGCUUCUUGCUAUUUAAGGUUUUAUGGAAGCUUCCUAAUUUUCCCUCUAAUAUUUGUUUCUUUCUGUACACAAAUUCAAAGCUUAAGGAAAGUCUGACGAACAUGGCAGGUUAAUUAUUUACAUCUAGUGUUUAAAUCCAUGAUGACACUGCGACUAAAUGAGUAGAUAAAUAAAUGAAAGCCAUAAUAUAUAGUGUAACUUAUUUUUGUAUGUUGCAAAACUAAAGAAGAACUCCAAACAUGUCUACAA